AUGGGGCAGAUGUGGUCGUGCGUCCCUAACCAGGAGAUCCAGUUCGUGGAGCGGUGCGGCAAGUUCAACCGCACGGCGGGCCCCGGCUUCAACUGCGUGUGCUGCCUCCUGGGGUACACCGUGCGCGGGUCCAUCUCGAUGCGCGUGCAGCAGCUGGACGUGCGCUGCGAGACCAAGACGCAGGACAACGUGUUCGUGUCCGUCGUCGUGUCCGUCCAGUACCAGGUCAUCAACGAGAACCUGUACGACGCGUUCUACCGCCUGACAGACCCCCGCACGCAGAUCACCGCCUACGUGUUCGACGUCGUGCGCGCCACCGUGCCCAAGAUGACGCUCGACAACGUGUUCGUCGCCAAGGAGGAGAUCGCCAACGACGUCAAGGAGGAGCUGUCCAAGACGAUGACCGGGUACGGGUACAACAUCAUCAAGACGCUCGUGACCGACAUCGAGCCCGACCACAAGGUCCGCACCGCGAUGAACGAGAUCAACGCCGCGCAGCGCCUGCGCGUCGCCGCCGUCGAGAAGGCCGAGGCCGAGAAGGUCCGCGUCGUCAAGGCCGCCGAGGCCGACGCAGAGGCCAAGUUCCUCGCGGGGCAGGGUAUCGCGCGUCAGCGCCAGGCCAUCAUCGCGGGUCUGCGCGAGUCGGUCGUGGGCUUCCAGGAGCACGUCACGGAGGUCGGGUCGCGCGAGGUGAUCGAGCUGAUGGUCCUGACGCAGUACAUGGACACCCUGAAGGACCUGGGGAACAACAGCAACACGCAGACCAUCUUCAUGCCGCACAACCCGGGAGGCCUCGCCGACGUGGCCUCCCAGGUGCGCACGGGCAUGCUCGAGGCGCAGGCGAUGAAGCGCUAG